GCCUGCGUAAGUUUUCGGUGGGCUUCCUGUCUCCAGCUCUGGGGAGCAACACGUUCCUGGACGGAGGGCCGUGAUUCGGGGGAAGUCCCCGGCGUGGGACGGGGUCUCCCUCGACCGGGCUCGAAGUCUGUUGUAGUACUCCGUACUUACGAGGGAAAUAGAGGGUGUGACAACCGUGGCAGCGCGAGUGCCAUGGCUGGGUGGCACGGCGGCCGUGCUGGGUAGAUGCUGGGCCGAAGCUGGGCGGUGGCUUGGCCCUGGGCGGAUCCGAGGAGGCGUGCCUUGGCCAGCCUUGGCGCCUGGGCGGAACGGUUGGCCCCACCAUCCUAUCAGGGGCGGCCCCGGGUCCACGUGCGGAGUUGGCUGGCUGGCCAGCUGGGGGAAACUACUGCCAGACUUCCAGAAGGGCGGCCCCGACUCGCGGACCUUUCCCUGUCUGGUGCCACGGCCAGAGCGGGCCACAGCCUUGGCGGCGACACAAUCGCAGGUAAUCCUCCGAUGUCAUUUCUACGAACGACCGGGGUGGGGGCAGAACGCCCGUGUAACGCUACGCUUCGAGGUAAGGAUCCAAAAAAGUGAGGGAGUUACAUGAGACGAUGAUAUGAACAGUAGGACAGCACGUGCACACCG